CUGUCAGACGUCCAUCGACACCCACCCCGCCCGCGCGCCACAAGGGCAAGACCGCAGACGGGGACGAGAUCAUCACCGCUCUCUAUACAGCCUGCGAAGGAAUCGCCGACCGCCAUCCUUGCGGACAGAUCGAGAGCAACCAGAGUUCUUCACUCUAGGGUGCCGAGGAUAUCAUUCAUCAACCAGGGUGGGAUCUGUGGCUCCUGUAGGGAACCAAGAAUAGGUCGAAUACUAUAG